AUGUUGUUUGCUAAUCAGGCUCAGCAAGUGCUUCGUGAUGGGGCAUCGGAGGAGAAGGGUGAGCGCGCGCGUCUCAUGAACAUUAUGGGUGCUGUCUCCGUUGCAGAUAUGGUGAAAACGACGCUAGGCCCCAAGGGAAUGGAUAAAAUUCUGCAGGGCAUGGAUCGUGCUCAGAGUACGCGUGUGACAAAUGACGGUGCCACCAUCCUCAAGUCUCUUUUUAUGGACAAUCCGGCUGGGAAAAUUCUCAUAGACAUGAGCAGAACUCAGGACGAUGAGGUUGGUGACGGAACUACAAGUGUGACGGUGCUUGCUGGGGAGCUCCUCCGCAAUGCUGAGAAACUCCUUGAUCAGUCGAUUCACCCACAAACGAUAAUUGAAGGUUACCGCCUCGCAGCCCAGGUGGCCCGCGAAGCUCUUGUUGCCUCUUCUGAGGAUCAUGGCAACGACGAAAAGCUCUUUUACGAUGAUUUGUUGUGCAUUGCGAAAACUACUCUGAGUUCCAAAAUUAUCACGGUGGAAAAAGAGCACUUUGCUAAACUGUGCGUUGAUGCUGUUUUGCGCUUGAAGGGAAGCGGGAACCUUGAGAUGAUUAACAUCAUGAAAAAGCUUGGUGGUACACUUCGCGACAGCUACCUUGAGCCUGGUUUCUUACUUGAUAAGAAGAUUGGUACUGGCCAGCCUCGUUGCCUUGAAAAUGCGAAGAUUUUGGUUGCCAAUACCCCCAUGGACACCGACAAAAUCAAAAUUUUUGGAGCCAAAGUUCGCGUUGAUAGUGUGGCGCAACUUGCUGAGGUUGAGGCCUCGGAAAAGGAAAAGAUGAAGAAUAAAUGCAUGAAGAUUAUCAAGCAUGAUAUACACUGCUUUAUCAACCGCCAGCUGAUCUACAACUACCCUGAGGAAAUUUUCGCCCAGCACGGCAUUAUGGCAAUUGAACAUGCAGACUUUGAGGGUAUUGAGAGACUCGCCAAGGCACUUGGUGCUGACGUGAUUUCCCAGUUCGAUGAAACGGAAAAGGUCAAGUAUGGCUUCGCCGAGAAGAUUGACGAAAUCAUGAUUGGUGAAAGCACUGUUAUCCGAUUCUCUGGACUUCCUAAGGGUGAGGCAUGUACGAUUGUGGUCCGCGGUACGUCACAGCACAUCCUGGAUGAGGCAGAACGGUCUAUUCACGAUGCGCUCUGUGUUAUCUCUCAGACUAUCAACGAGACACGGACAGUGCUGGGUGCCGGGUGUUCCGAGUUUGUGAUGGCGCGUGCUGUAGAUGAAAAGGCCAAAACAACCCCAGGUAAAAAGCAGCUCGCUAUGAUCGCCUUUGCCAACGCUCUUCGCAUGCUUCCAGCUAUCAUUGCCGACAAUGCAGGCCUAGACAGUAAUGAUCUGGUAACACGGCUGCAGGCAGAGCACUACCAGGGUCACAGCACUUACGGCAUAGACGUCGUGAAGGGUGACGUGGCUGACGUGAAGGAACUGCGCAUCACAGAGUCAUUUAAGGUUAAGAGCUCCGUCCUGGGCUACGCUGCAGAGGCGGCAGAAAUGAUUCUUCGUGUGGAUGAUGUACUUCGGGCUGUGCCUCGCAAGCGGACUCAGUAA